AUAGUCAGUGGCGCUAACAAGACGGGGCAACUUCGCGAGCUUACCUACUUACUGUGAACAACCCCCACAAAUUUCACCCCGUGUCUAGUGACAGUGACAAUUACCAACACAUAUCAAUCGAGUGCAGUGAACAUGACUUUAUGACUGUUAAGUGUGCUCUUCGUAAUUAUUGGAGAAAUUAGCGAAUCUGGCGGAUUUAAAAAGUGACACAGUUCGGAGGUGGGUAGAAUCCAACCCCUCGCCCACCCUCCAAAAUAAAAAUUUGGACACGCCGAAAUCGUUCAAGAACAACAACAACACCAUAGACUUUCCUCAUCAUUUUUGGAAUAAACCGAAAAGUGAUAAUAUGUCGAUGUUGUUGCAUCAACCCCCCAGUCAUAUGAUUCUAACUCCUCACGAAACGGAUCAACCUUUGGAUUUUACCAUGUCGAAAUUUAAAAGUAAAACGUCCGCGACCGUGGCAUCCCAAUUGAAACAUUUCAAUAAUUUCGCUGCCCAACAACACAUGAUAUUAUUACAAAACAAUGGACUUUAUUAUAAUAAUAGAACUAAUAAUAAUAAAGGUUUCACACGUGGAAGUACUCCGUCUUCGAGUAGUUCAGAAGAAGAAGGGGUCGGACCUCCAGGGGGAUCACCUAGAUCCCCACCUCCUAGUCCUGUACGCCCAAGAUCUGACGAAAUUCCAGAAACUCCUACUACACCUUCAGCCGAGACGAAAUAUGGUAAGUCAACUAAUACUUAGAAUCAUCAAAUAGUUAAAAAACUACCCUUUGGUAUUUAAAGGGAUUUUACAAGGUCAAAAUUUAUUUUUUAAUGAUCCGCCUAUUCAAAUUCAUUUCGUUAUGGUCAACCCUUAAAAAAUAGUUUCUAUUUGAAAAAAAGAAAUUUGCAAGGUCUAUUUUACGACUACCCUCAAUUAAGUUAUAAAAUUUAGGUAUAAAUUUGGGGAGAAAUUUUUACUUUCUUCAUUUUAUUGAAUUUAUUUUCGGUAACCGAAAAACUUUCUAAUACUUCACACAUCAAAAGGAUGUUCGAAUCUAUAAAAAAAAUUUCAAAUUACAAUUUACAGUUGCCUGUAAUCGUAAGAAAUAAAUACUUUAUUCAAUUAUAAUCUAUUUUAUUUCGUGAGAGAG